GCGCUUGGCAACCUUUGGCGGGACCGACGGGGUGGAGUGGACCCAAAAAAUAGCGUCUAGGCGUGGACCUGUACGCGACCCGUAGGGCUCGCCUAUAAAAGGGCUCAGCUGGGGCGGGGCGGAGAUACCUGUGGCGUCGUGUUUUGCUUGCUCUGGGAGCGUGGCCCCAGGUUCGACGCCUUUUGCGCCUUAGACGCAUCAGCGUAUCAGUUUUCUCGUAAGUCGGGAGUGAUGGAACGACCACCCUGUAGGGCGGCUGUGAGAGUUGAGAUGAGGCUUGGUUCAUAUUGAGCGCUCAGCUUUCCUGGCUUAUAGACAGUGGAGGGGCGUGGCCCCACUAUGCACCCCAAGGGUCUCAGACUCGAGGGCCAGCAGGUAAACAGAGCCAUUACUGUAGCCUCGGGUCAGAAAAACGACAGCCCAGGUAAGAAGAGAACUGCGACCAGAGAGGUGCGCGGGUCUGAUGUGUGUUUGGGGAAGGGGUGGGGAGAGGAGAGAGUCCCUUUCAGUGCCCAAGCCUGUGUGUGCAACUUCCUGCCAGUGAGGAAACUCUCAGCUCGAGAAUCAGCCCUGGUUCUCCUUUCCCCGAUCUGGCCUCACAGGAGGAGUUGGCGGGGAGCCUUGGGCCCCUCUGGCCUCAGCCGGAUUUCCCAGCUAAAUGUGGGGAGAGAUGCCCUGGACUGUCUUGCUCUUUGCAGCUGGCUCUUUGGCGAUCCCAGCACCAUCCAUCCGGCUGGUGCCCCCGCACCCAAGCAGCCAAGAGGACCCCAUCCACAUCGCAUGCAUGGCCCCUGGGAACUUCCUGGGGGCGAAUUUCACACUGUAUCAAGGGGGGCAGGUGGUCCAGCUCCUGCAGGCCCCCACGGACCAGCACGGGGUGACAUUUAACGUGAGUGGCGGCAGCAGCAAGGCUCCAGGGGGACCCUUCCACUGCCAGUAUGGAGUGUUAGGUGAGCUCAACCAGUCCCAGCUGUCAGACCUCAGCGAGCCCGUGAACGUCUCCUUCCCAGUGCCCACUUGGAUCUUGGUGCUCUCCCUGAGCCUGGCUGGUGCCCUCUUCCUCCUUGCUGGGCUGGUGGCUGUUGCCCUGGUGGUCAGAAAAGUUAAACUCAAAAAUUUACAGAAGAAAAGAGAUCAAGAAUCCUGCUGGGCCCAGAUUAACAUCGACAGCACAGACAUGUCCUUCGAUAACUCCCUGUUUACCAUCUCUGCGAAAACAAUGCCAGAAGAAGACCCGGCCACCUUGGAUGAUCACUCAGGCACCACUGCCACCCCCAGCAACUCCAGGACCCGGAAGAGGCCCAUUUCUACAUCCUCCUCGCCUGAGACCCCCGAAUUCAGCACUUUCCGGGCCUGCCAGUGAGGCUGAGGACUGGGGGACUCCUCUGUCUCCAGACAUUCGGGGGCCUGAGGUCCCUCCAGCUACUUCUCCGGAGGGCUCUGUCGGCCGCUUUCUCAGGGAAUUGGACAGAGGAAAGGAAAGGGAACCCUGGCCUUGGGAUUUUCAUCACAGAGGAGUGGGAGAGGGGACACAAGCAUGGGCCUGGCACUAGACAGACAACAGGAAGUUCCCCUCUCAACCUUUGGCUCCUCAGGACCACCAGAGAAGGAGAUGUCAGGACCCCUUCUUGUCCCCCCGCUGGGCCAUAAGACGUCCCAGGUCUCUGCACACCCGUGGAAUUCCUCCCUUCCUCACUGGGUUUUCGAGCAUAGGGUGCCCUUGGGUGUGUUGUAUGUCUGCCUGCUGGAUUGCUUAAGUUAUUAAUUAUAACACGGGUCAAGGUGUU